GACCGUCAUUUCUCGGAAACAUCUGUAUGCUAGCGUUGAAAAAGAUGAGUUGUUUGUACAUUUUGUUUGGGGCGUUAGAGUUUUUUCUUAUUCUACAUCCGACCUUAGGUGAUGUCCACUUUUCAACCCUUUUUCCUCCAAUACAUGAGUGCUGUGCAUCCGUACAACAUGAACACAAUGUAAAAGUUCAACCUGUAGAAUGGAUAGUUAUGGGAUUUGCUGCAUUUAUAUUGGGAGUAAUUAUCUGUGUGAGCUGUGUGAAAUGUUGUCUUGAAGACGAAACAAAGUCUACUGUACAACUAGUGAGUCAGCAACACAUUCAUCAGAAUGAAUGUAACUUACGGCAGCCUGUAUCAAUACGGGCCUCAUCUCCAAUACCUACCAAUACAGCAAGGCCUACAUCACAUCCCUAUACAGCUACUGCACAACUAGUGAGUCACCGACACAUUCAUCAGAAUGGACGUAACUUACAGCAGCCUGUAUCAUCACGGGCCUCAUCUCCAAUUCCUACCAAUCCAGAAAGUCCUACAGCACGUCCCUGUCCAGCUACUGCACAACUAGUGAGUCACCAACACACUCAUCAGAGAGAACAUGAUGUAAGGCAGCCUGUAUCAUCACGAGCCUCAUCUCCAAUUCCUAUCUGUCCAGAAAGGCCCACAGCACCACCCUGGCCAGCUGAUAUGCAACUAAUGAGUCAGCAGCUCAUUCAGCUGAAUGUUCAUGGUCUGUGGCAGUCUGAGUCAACACUAACGCCAGUUCCAGUUGUUGGCUGUCCAGAAAGACCUACAGCACCUCACUGUUCAGAUGCAGAUUCACCUCCUCCAUAUGAAGUAGUCGCACCACCUCCAUAUGAAGUGGCGGUUGCUAGUGAAAGUUACGUCUUGCAGGUUACAUAUAACUCUGAUUAAAAACAAUAAAUAAACAACUUCUUUUGAAUGUGGGCAGCACAGGAUUUGCUCUUUUGUGUGAGUUUAGA